AUGUCGAACAAACAAGGAAAGAUGAUUAACUGGCGCAUGCGCGUGACCCUUAACGAUGGACGCUCCAUGACUGGCCAGAUGCUUGCCUUCGACAAGCACAUGAACUUGGUCCUUGCCGAUACUGAAGAAUUCCGCCGUGUGAAGCGAAAAGCCAACAAGUCCUCCGCACCCGGCUCGUCAUCCCAGCUGGUUGAGACUGAAGAGAAGCGAACGCUUGGGCUGAUCAUUGUUCGUGGUGCUCAUAUCAUCUCACUCUCCGUUGAGUCUCCUCCUCCCGCCGACCCCAGUGCUCGACUUGGGAAGAGUGCCCCUGGUGGCAUCCCAUCAACGCUCGCUGCUGGUCCAGGAGUUGCGAAACCUGCUGGUCGUGGUGCUCCUCCUCCAUCUCUUGCUGGUCCUGCGGCUGGAGUAGGGGCCGGCGCUCCCCCCCCAGGCUUUCCCGGCUUUCCUGGAGCUCCCAGCUUCCCUGGUCCCGGAAGAGGUGCCCCCCCUCCAGGCUUCCCUGGCGCUUUCCCUCCGCCACCUGGAGGUUUCCCCGGAAACGCGCAAUUCCCCCCUCCGGGCUUCAAUCCUCCUGGUGGGGGACCUCCUGGGUUCAACCCUCCUCCACGAAGAUAG